AUGCCAAUGGCUAGUCAAGAUCAAAACCCCCGCCCUUCAUCGCCCGAGAACGAUCGGCAGUCUGACACCAUACCAACAGAAAUGGAGUCAGGAGAGGAAAAAGCUCCUGCAACGGACUUUGGACCAGCGCCUGAUGGAGGACUAAAAGCAUGGUCCGUUGUCGCCGGUAGCUUUUGUGCUGUGUUUGCCAGUUUCGGAUGGAUCAACUGCAUCGGCAUAUUCCAAGACUAUUACGCUCAAAACCAAUUGAAAACCUACUCAUCCAGCAGUAUCGCCUGGAUUCCCUCUGUAGAAUCCUUCAUGAUGUUUUUCUGGGGCCCCGUCGUUGGUAAAAUGUCAGAUGAGCUUGGUCCCCGUGUACCGAUUCUUCUCGGAUCGUUUCUUCAUGUUUUUGGUCUGAUGAUGACGUCCAUUUCGAAAGAGUAUUAUCAGAUUCUCUUGUCUCAGAGUUUUUGUAGUGCUAUCGGUUGUUCGUUUCUCUUCUACGCUCCCAUUGCCGCUGUCGGUACUUGGUUCACUAGACACCGCGCCAUAGCCUUUGGUAUCGUCACAGCUGGCUCUAGUCUCGGCGGUGUCGUACUCCCAAUCAUGGUGAAUCAUCUGGUCGUUCGAAUAGGCUUCGGCUGGGCAAUGCGAUCCAUCGCCUUUUUGUUUCUCGGGCUCUUGGCCAUUGCCAAUUUGACUAUCAAGUCGAGACUUCCGCCACCGAAGAGAAAGUUCAAUUUGAGGGACUUCAUUACACCUUUUAAAGAGAUGCCUUUUCUUCUCUUGACGAUAGCUGCUUUCAUGCUAUACCUGGGCUCUUUCCUGCCAUUCAACUUCAUCAUUGUGCAAGCAAAGGCGUUGGGUAUCUCGCCAGGCCUGUCUGAGUACAUGGUUCCCAUUGUCAAUGCUGCAUCUACAUUUGGUCGACUUCUCCCGGCAUAUCUCGGCGACCGCAUCGGUGUCUUCAACGUGAUGAUUCCUCUGACUCUUCUCGGAGGUAUCUUUACUCUCACAGUCUGGCUCACCGCACACUCUGCUGCAUCAGUGAUUGUUUACGCGGCGCUAUAUGGAUUUACAUCCGGGUGUACACUUUCCAUCAUUCCCGCCAUGGUAGCUUCAUUCUCGGAUGUGCGAAGUAUUGGUACGCGUAACGGGUCGCUUUAUGGCAUUGCUGCAUUUGGUGUACUUAUUGGUAGUCCUGUCGCAGGAGCUAUCGUCGGUGACCAAAAUGGAAGUUUCUCUGGGUUGAUCAUCUUCUGCGGAGUAUCCAUUCUCGUUGGAACUGUCUUUGCUGUUAUGUCUCGAUGGGCUCUUGUUGGGGCUGGAUGGAGAAUUGAAGUGUAG